AUGGAUCCCCGUGGUAGAGGCCGAGGCCGAAAUCAAGGUCGAGGUCGAGGGAGACGGGCUGAACCCCUUUUUGAUCAAGGGGGCGAUAGAGCGUCGGAAGUGAACCAAAAUCGGGGACCCGAGGGCGGGGGCGGAGAUCAAAUGGCCACCACUAUUAAUAGGAUAAUCGAAAUGCUAGAGCGUUUGACGGACCGUCAAGGUCCUGGACCAGUGCAUCAACAACCUAGUGGGCAUGUAGAUACUGAAGAUAGGGCCUUGGAGAGGUUCCUGAAGUUUGGGCCGCCUAAGUUUCAAGGUGGGCCAGAGCCUGAAAUAGCUGAGGGAUGGUGGGAGAGAAUAUCUGAUAUUUUUGCCACCUUGGAUUACACUGAGACGCGGAAGGUGACUUUUGCGUCAUUUCAAUUUGAGGGAGCUGCACGGUCUUGGUGGAAUUUAAUGAAAGAUAAGUGGGAUAGAGACCGUACCCCUAGUACUUGGGCAAACUUCACCCCCACUGAGCAAAGACGCAUUAGGAGGUUUGUGCAAGGGCUCAAUGUGAAGAUUCAAGAGGGGCUAGCAACUGCUCAAAUUAACACGUAUAGUGAUGCCGUAGAGAAAGUUCAGAGGUUUGAGAUGGCUAGAGCCCAAUCUAGAUCAUUUUUUGCUAGGAAAAUGAAUGUCCCUAGUGGUAGCAGGGACCCAAUUUCUACAAGUGUCCUACCGCCUAAGAUGGGCAGAGGAAUUGGGGUAGUGAAUAUCUCUAGUGCAUCGAGAGGUGCUUUAACAAGGGGUGCUGGAGCUAGAGGCUCUGGGGCGAGAGGAUCUGGAGUGAGAGGAGGUCAAAGUGGAAGGGGACCCCCUAGGAGUGCUCUACAAGGUGUACAAGUGUCAACCUCUCAGAUAACCUGUGGUUACUGUGAAAAAGCCAAUCAUACUGCAAAUGAGUGCUGGAGAAAGGAUGGCAAGUGCCUCAAGUGUGGAAGUGCUGAGCACCAAAUUGUUAAUUGUCCUAGGAUUUCCGAGAAUGGGAAAAGUCAAGGAGGUGCCACAAGUUCUAGGCAAACUGCUUCUGGAGGGAGUCGGCCAAAGGUCCCGGCCAGGGUUUAUGCCCUAGAUAAUCAACCUGUACCUAACUCUUCGGAGGUAGUCGAAUAUACACUUCCAAUCUUUCAUCGAUUAGCUAAGGUUUUAAUUGAUCCCGGUGUGACUCACUCGUUUGUUAAUCCUGCUUUUAUGUGUGGAAUUGAUGUAAAGCCUGUACGAUUACCCUAUGAUUUGGAAGUUAGGACUCCUACAAAUAAUAAGAGCAUGCUCACUAGUUUAGUGUAUAAGGAGUGUGAAUUUUGGAUUGGGGAGCGAAAAAUGCUAGUUGACUUGGUGAGUUUGGACCUUAAGGGGUAUGAUGUGAUUAUAGGGAUAGACUUUUUGUCUUACCACCAUGCUAAGCUAAAUUGUAGAGCUAAAGUGGUGGAAUUUUGCAUCCCAAGUGAGGCAACUCUCAAGUUAGAUGUAAGGGGUAGAUUAGUUUCAUCUGCUUCGAUUUCAGGGAUUCGAGUUAGGAAAAUGCUUCACAAGGGAGCCCAGGGUUUCUUAGCUUUCUUAAUUAAUGCCCCUAGUGACCAAGUGAAAUUAGAAGAUGUGCCAAUCGUGUGA